AAGUGUAGAACUAAUCACGCAGUAAAUUUGAGUCUAAAUUUUCAGUUUUUAUAAAUAGCAGUUUAAUUUAAAAUGGAUUUAAAUAUGUCACAGCCUCGAAUUGUAGGAGGGAAAUUAUUAUUAGAAGGUUACAUUUAUAUUAAAUCGAAAUCAGGUAAAAAUAACAUUAAAUAUUAAGAUUGCGAAUACGUCCGACGAAAAGAGUGUAGAGCGCGUGCUAUCACGCAAGAAAGUGCUAGAGGCUUAAUUGUGUUAAAAGGUCCAGAGAGAUCUCCGCAUGAAGCGCACACGACUAAUCACGAUAAAGCCAAAGCUGAAGUUGUGAUGGAAAACUUAAAACGGGAGGCUGAGAUGCACCCUGAAUGUCCUCCAGAACAGAUCGUACGCGAAAAUCUGUGUGAUUUGAGUCCCGCAGUGUUAGCACAACUUCCGGAAAGAGAGAACUUAAAAAAGACCAUGAGAAGAGAAAGGAGACGCAAACUGCCUCCAAAUCCAAAAAGUUUGGAAGACUUGAAUGAACUGCCUGAAUCUUAUAAAAAAACAUUUUCAAACGAACGCUUUCUUAUGUACGAUUCUCGAGAUGAUAUUGCUUUCGGAGAGGGUCGCGUAUUAGUUUUCUCUACACGCAAUAAUUUGGAACGUUUAGCUGAUAGUGAUACCUGGUAUGUUGAUGGUACUUUUAAAGUUUCGCCUUCACUUUUUACGCAGCUGUUUACCGUCAUGGGCAAGGUUUUAAAACCCAAUGUUAGAGGAAAUGAACCUACUGUGAUCGCCUUUCCAUUUGUAUAUGCUCUCCUAUCAUCGAAGGAAACUGAUCAGUACGAGGCUGUUUUUAGAUCAAUUGCUUCUAUGGCUGCAACGUAUGGUAUCCACCAUUGUCGACCUCAGAGAAUCGUUAGUGACUUUGAAGUUGCCAUUAUUAAUGCUUGCUGCUCUGUAUAUCCCAAUAUUCCGUUAAGUUGUUGCUUCUUUCAUCUGGGACAGUCAUUAUAA